UGCAUGCACUGCCGAUAGAAAAAAAUGCUUUGUUUUCUCUCGUUUGGAUGAGGACCACACCAAGGACUUUUCUGGACCAGGCAAAACUCAGAUUCCGCUCAACAAUUGAAUCCGACCAUAACUGCAUACCAAUUUACUAAUGACAAUGAUGGAUUUACACCGAUCGACGCAUUUAUUGGGAUAGUGAAGGAAUGCGAGCACCAGUAGAUUUGGGUUGUAAUUGUCCUUCACAUUGCGAUAUAAAUUAGAGUUGAGCCGACUGUGCGUCUAGCCAUUUCAUGAUGUCAGGAAUAUCAAUCUUAGCAUUUGUGAUGAUAUCUAUUCUAUCGUAUGGAUAUUAUGUCGUAUCAAGUGUCGAGUCUGCGAGGGAUGAGUGGAAUUUUGAGUCCGUAAAUCUGAAUGUGGACCUCUCUCGAGUACUCAAGAAAGUGAAUGAACGUUUUUUGUCUGUUGCCAUAGACGCGAGUCUAGUCGCUGAAGAGAAGUUCAUGUACCUUUUAACGUCUCCAAAGCUGAGGACAUUGGCAAAAGCUUUGACUCCAGCAUUUCUGAGAUUUGGAGGGACAAGACAAGAUUUCAUGACCUUCAACCCAACAUUUUUACAUUCAAACGAGAAUCACAAAAACUCUGUGUUUGAUGCAGAUGACAUAUGUGAAAGGCUGGAGCUGCCUCCACUACUGGAAAAGAGGCUGAAGCAGGAAUGGACUCUACAGGAAAUACUUCUCGACAAGGAGGACUUGCAGAGGAAGUAUAGGAGUGUAAAGUUCACAGAGUGUGCAGUGGAUCUGCUCUACUCUUUUACCAACUGCUCUGGAUUAGACCUCAUCUUUGGGCUCAACGAGCUGCUCAGGACCUCUGGGAACUCCUGGGACAGCAGCAAUGCCAGGACCCUCCUACAGUACUGUGAAUCUAAACAGUACAGCAUGUCCUGGGAGCUGGGCAAUGAGCCCAACAGCUAUGAGAAGAAGGCAGGGAUCAGGGUGGAUGGAUAUCAGCUCGGCCAAGAUUUUGUUCAACUCCGCAAGAUUCUGCAGGAAUCCAAACUUUACCAUAACACUGGACUCUAUGGACCAGACAUUAGCCAACCCCGGGACCACCGGAGAGACUUACUGGAGGGGUUCUUGGAGAGUGGGGCAGAAGCAAUUGAUGCAUGCACCUGGCACCAUUAUUAUGUCAAUGGAAGAGACACGUCUCUAGAAGAUUUCCUAGACCCUGAGGUGCUAAACACGUUGGCCUUAAAAACACAUGAAGUCAUGGAGGUAAUGAAGAAAAAGUUAACAAAUGUACAUGUUUAUAAAUGUACUAUGAAUGUAUUGCAGUUCAGUAAGGACUUUAAAUGGUUCUUCUGUUUCGUGUGUCCUCAGACCAUUGAGCUGAUCUCCCCUGGGAAGAAGGUGUGGCUUGGAGAGACUAGUUCUGCCUAUGGAGGCGGGGCUAAGGGCCUGUCUGACACAUUUGUUGCUGGAUUCAUGUGGCUGGAUAAACUGGGCCUGGGUGCGAAGCUCGGAUUGGAUGUUCUCAUCAGACAGGUUUUGAUUGGAUCUGGGACUUACCACCUGGUAGAUGAGAACCUGGAUCCACUUCCUGAUUACUGGCUAUCAGUUCUGUACAAGAGGCUUGUUGGACCAGAGGUGCUGAGUAUAGAAGCCUUUUCCAUUUUGGGAAAGACGAAAAGAGUACGGGUCUACCUGCACUGCACUAACAAGAAAAGCACAAGCUACAAAAGUGGAGCAGUUACAUUGUUUGCUCUGAACCUGAGUAAGGGCCCUGCGAGGAUCUCUGUGCCUGUUACAAUCUCUAACAGUACCGGCGAGGCCUUCGUUCUACAGUCUGAACAGCCUGGCGAGGAGGGACUCUACUCCAAGUCUGUGAAACUCAACGGAGAGGUGUUGAAGAUGGUGGAUGAAAGAACACUUCCAUCGCUCCAGGGAACUCUUCUUCCUGCAGGAGAACAUCUCAGACUCCCUGGUUAUUCCUUUGCCUUCUAUGUCCUCAGCGAGGCCCAGGCGCUGGCCUGCCGAUGACCCCAAUUGGAGAGGAGGACUGGAGAAGAUGGAGGUAAACUCACUGUCUAAACUAAGAGAAGGAAAUAUUGUACUUGACUAUUGCACUAAACACAGCUGUAUGACUUUGCCAAAGAAUGUAAACCAAGUAAAUGUGGUGAAAUGAUUUGAUCGUCUUUGGAAAUAACUAUUCAUCUACAUGUAUUACAUUUUGGUAUAUUUUUCAACAUGUAUAAAUAGUCUUAGUACAUUGUGAGUAGUUUUUUUUUAAGUUUCAGUCUGUGUCACUUAAAUGCAAUACUUGUUGUACGUAAAUUAUGUUUCAUAUUUGAUGCCAAAAACGUUAGACUUUGGUUACUUGAUUUUCUACUCAGUAAUGUUAAGUAGUUGAAUUGUGCAAUUUUCUAUUUUGGUACACUGGGAUACAAGUCUUUUAUAAACUUUUUGUGUGUGAUAUAUUUGUACAACAUAAUUUGGAUGAGAAAAUAAAUACAGUAAUGAAUUCACAGCA